GGAGCAGUUGCUUCAGCGCUCCGCGGCCUGGGACUGGCUUCACUCUCAGCUCGCUGGAGCCGCUGCCCCGCAAACCCCCUCCAUCCUCUCCCCCCCGGGCCCCUCUCCUCUCCCUUACAUAGUGCCCGCGUCGUCCGGGACGUUUGGACUAAUUUUGCAGGGUGAGGAGAGGACAGGCCCCGGGGGGGAGGCUUGCUACCGAGGAAGAGCCGCCGCGAGGAGCUCAAGAUGAUAGAGGCACUGGUAACAACUGAAGCUCAGAAACUGCUGCACCAGCUGAAUGUUCUGUUGGAACAGGAAUCCAGAUGUCAGCCAAAGGUCUGUGGCUUGAGACUAAUUGAAUCUGCUCAUGAUAAUGGCCUUCGGAUGACUGCAAGACUGAGGGACUUCGAAGUGAAAGACCUUCUUAGCCUGACUCAGUUCUUUGGUUUUGACACAGAGACUUUUUCUCUAGCUGUGAAUUUACUGGACAGAUUUCUGUCCAAAAUGAAGGUACAGCCCAAACAUCUUGGAUGUGUGGGAUUAAGUUGCUUCUAUCUGGCUGUGAAAUCGACAGAGGAAGAGAGAAAUGUCCCCUUAGCCACUGAUUUGAUACGAAUAAGCCAAUACAAAUUCACGGUUUCUGACCUGAUGAGAAUGGAAAAGAUUGUGUUGGAGAAGGUGUGUUGGAAAGUCAAAGCUACUACUGCCUUUCAGUUUCUACAGCUCUAUUAUUCGCUCAUUCAUGAAAACUUACCAUUUGAAAGGAGAAAGAACCUGAGUUUUGAAAGACUGGAAGCUCAGCUUAAGGCAUGCCACUGUAGGAUUAUGUUUUCGAAAGCAAAGCCUUCUGUAUUGGCAUUGUCCAUAAUUGCACUGGAGAUUCAAGCACAGAAAUUUAUAGAAUUGACGGGAGGAGUAGAAUGUCUUCAGAAACAUUCCAAGAUAAAUUGCAGAGAUCUGAUCUUCUGGCAGGAACUUGUAGCAAAGUGCCUAACUGAAUACUCAUCAAACAAGUGUUCUAAACCAAAUGUUCAGAAGUUGAAGUGGAUUGUGUCUGGGCGCACUGCACGUCAGUUAAAGCAUAGUUAUUACAGAAUCGCUCAUCUUCCAACGAUCCCUGAAACUGGACCGUAAUAGGAUUCUUAUGGUGAAGAAAUCCCCACUGUUUUGAAGGCUUAUUUCACAUCAGAACUGUGGACUCCAAUAUUAGAAUGGAUUUAAGCUGUGAAGCCUGAAACAUAGCAACUAGGUUAGCAUUGAUGUUUUCAGACUUGAGAGGAAAACAGGCUAUAGUUGGAAAUUGAUUAUGUGUGCUGCAGUUGGAAAUGUGUUCAGGACUAAAUUAUGAUCGUCUUUGAAGCAUGUUUAUAAAAACUAAAACUCAAAUGUGAACCCUAAUGUAGAAUAAGGAUGGAAGACUAUACUGUGAAUUGUCAGUUAAUAUUGAUCCAGUCUAGUAGUACCUGGAUCAGCAUACUGAUUAUAAGCAGUAUUGAUGGCAAGGUGUGAUUGACUUUAAUUGAUGUUAUUUUAAUUGUGAUGCAAGUUCACAUCAAACUUCAGAAAAAUGGUAAGAUGCACUUUAGUAUAGUGUCAGGGUUACUAGUCUUUGAGGCAGUAUAAACAGCCGUGUUAAAGCCUUAUACAACUAGAUGAUCCAAUAAUUCUAAAGAUUUAUUUUUGUUUGGCAUAUUUUUCAUUUAAAUAUGAUUAUAAAAUCCUAUUAAAGUUGUAGACAGACAUGUUGAAUUUAAGUGAUCUUCAAAAUUAUCCUAGGGAACAAGUGAAAUGGUAUACAAAGUUUUAUAUAGAAUGAUUUUUAUCUCAAUAUCUAGCCCCCUCAGAAAAUUUCUGUUGUACAAGCGACUCUCAUAGUCUGCCAAUCUGAAACCUCAGCUGUACCCUUCUAAAGCAAUAUAUGCUAAUACUAACACUCUAGAGCUUUUAAAUAAGGAUUACAGUUGGUAUGAAACUGGACCUUUCAUAUAGAGCUUUCUAUUUAAAAGCAGUACAUGUGGGGUAUGCUAUUGUUAUAAUGCCCCUGUAACAGUUCAGCUUAGACUAAAGUGAGUUGUCUAUCCAGAUUCAAGUAAGCAGCAGUUUAAUUGAGUAAUUAUGUGAUAGGUGGAGCACUUAAGGCUAGUUGUAGGUUAAUGAAUCUAAAUUGACAUAUAGGGUUGGGAAAGCAUAUAGUUAAUCAGUGCAAUAUAUAGCUUAACUUCCACAAUAGCUAUAACUGGAGUUCAAAUUUCCCUUUGACAUCAUGUUGUGGGGAAAAAAACUUCCCUUUAAAGAUAAACCAAAGAACCACAGUAUGUCUCAUAUGUCUUAUGCUUCAUUUUGUAAAGCGUUUUGCAGAUGCACUCUUCAGUUACUCCUAAACACCUGAUUCAUUGAAGAAUUUCCUUUCUAAUUCAUCAAUGCAAACUUAAGUUGGCUGAAGUAACCUAACAAAGUACCUUAAUGUUGUGGUACUAAGGAAGUGACCUUUCAAUAAAACUAUUGAAAUGCA